AUGUGGCUGUGCCCCCUGCUGCUCUGCCUGCCCCUGUCUCUGGCCCUGAGCGGCCAGCCUGAGCCCGAGGCCCCGGAAGAUGCUGGUGAACUGCACUGCGGGCCCCAGGGCCUCCAGUACACGGUCCACCCCCUGGGCCAGGCCUCGGGGACGCCUCCCACGCUGAUAGCCUGGGACGACCACGGGCUGCUGCACCGGCUGCAGAAUGACUCUGGCUGCGGCACCCGGGUGUCGGGGGGCCCGGGCCACUCUCUGGUGCUGGAGGCGUCCUACGGCGGCUGCUAUGUCACCGAGUGGGGUUCCCAGCACAUCAUGCCCGUGGGGCUCGAGCAGGCAGACACGGAUGGGCGCCAGGCGGUGGCAACGGCCAAGCUGCUCAAGUGCCCCAUCGGCCUCCCAGGCCUCGACGUGCUGGGCGCUCACCUGUGCGACUCGGUCCCCGUGGGGGACAGGCUGCCCUGCGCCCCGGCUCCCGCCACUCCCCGGGCCUGCAAGGCACUGGGCUGCUGCUACAACCCCAGCGGCAGGUCCUGUUACUAUGGGAACACAGCUGGACCGGCACCCGGUCGGGGGCGCCGUGAACAUAACGGAACUCUGAGGCCCGGGCAACCGGCCGCUGGCGGGGAUGCGGCUGAGGCGGUGGCCACGUCGGCCUUCGCCCUGUUCCGGUUCCCCUUCACCGCCUGCGGGACCACCCGACGGGUCACUGGGGACCAGGCCGUCUAUGAAAACGAGCUGGUUGCAGCCCAGGAUGUGAGAACCUGGAGCCGUGGCUCCAUCACCCGUGACAGUACCUUCAGGCUCCGUGUCAGCUGCACCUACCCUGUGAGCAGCAGCGCCCUCCCGGUCAACGUCCAGGUCUCCCUUCUCCCACCGCCCCUUCCCGAGACCCAGCCCGGAGCCCUCACCCUGGAGCUUCAGAUCGCGAAAGAUGGAAACUACAGCGCCUACUACCGCGCAGGUGACUACCCGGUGGUGAAGUUGCUCCGGGACCCCAUCUUCGUGGAGGUCGCCCUCCGCCACAGGACAGACCCCGACCUGGGGCUGCUGCUGGAUCAGUGCUGGGCCACGCCCGGCCCCGACCCCGGGCAGCAGCCGCAGUGGGCGCUGCUGGUGAACGGAUGCCCCUACGCCGGAGACAACUACCAGACCCAGCUGAUCCCCGUGUUCCUGCACUGCAGCGUGUCCGUCUGCCAGCCUGCGGGGUCCCUGUCCUGUGUGGCCUGCCCUGUGACCAGGCGAAGGAGACACUCUGACGCCCAUGACCCCAACAGCACCGCCUUCAUCUCGAGCCAGGGCCCCAUGAUCCUGCUCCAGGCCACGGAGGACCCUUCCGGAAAGCUUCCUAAAUACUCAAGUGCUGUGGGAGACUCGGGGGCCCUGUGGGUGGCCGGCCUCUCCGGGGCCGUCAUUGUGGGAGUCUUGGGCGUGACCUACCUGGCUGUGAAGAAACGGAGCUGA